CAUAUCACAAACUGUACAGAAUGGAAACUUUUAUUCUCUUUGGACUCAUCGGCAGCUUGUUUAUUUGCCAUGCCUCUGCUGAUAUUUCCCUCAACAACUACGGCGAUUCAGCUUAUCCCAACCGCUGUGUACUUGAUGUUGGCUCUUCGACGGUGCUCCUCAAAAUGGGACAGGCAUUUCGUUUGACAUCCCUACCCUGUACCACGAUUUUCUGUACUGGUGAUGGUUAUGGCAUGCUCUUAACGUGUGAUAAAAAAGAACCGCCGGAGGAUUGUCGCUACACGGAGUACUUAAACUGGGACGACGACUAUCCAGAUUGCUGCAACCGUAAAGUUGAGUGCAAUUGAAAUUUUUAAUUGGAAAAUGUUUUUAUUAUGGAUUUAAGUGAUUAUGUCAAAAUUGGACAAGCAGUUGAACGAAAUAAAUCGAUAAAAAUGCA